UCUAGCCACCUGUGUCUGGAAGCUUCUCUCUGUGUGGUGAGGCAGCCAUUAAUUUUUCACUGAGAAAAUGCCUAGGUGGAAUGUGGAAAAGCUCAUCACCCUGGUCCAGGAGAGGCCUGAAAUAUGGGAUACCCGCAGCAAUCUCUAUCUGGAUCGGACCAGAAAGGAUGCUGCGUGGGAGCAGGUGGCCCGUAGCCUCCGAAAGAACGAUUGGGCCAAAGCUGAUAGCAGAGGCCGUGCUGACUUAGUGAAACAAACCAAAACUCGCUGGGCCAGUUGCCGGGACCAAUUUCGGCGAGAGGUCUCCAGCAAGGGCCGUAGUGGAGAGGGUCCCUCCCGGAAGAGGCCAUACAUAUAUACUGCCCAGUUGCAGUUUCUCAGACCCGUAAUGGACUUGAGGCCUACUGUGGACAGUCUGGAACCCUCUGGGGAGUCGUCUUCUGAUGGAAGUGAAACCCCAGCUGUUUUUUCCCCCGCAAUUAGUCCCGAACCGACGCCAGCAGAGGACCCGGAGGAAUCGUCACAGGGCCAGCACCAACAACAGCCCAGUCCAGCCCGUGUCAGGCAGCCGCACCGAAGACGCCCCCGCCAAGUCCCUCCCUCCACCUCUGUGCCAGAGAGUCGGGAGGUUAUUGACGCACGCGUCAUUGAUUUUCUGGCACAGAGGCGGAGUGACGGAGUGGAGGAGAAAAUGCUUCGCGGAUUGGCGCCCCUUCUGAAAAAAGUGCCGGAACCUGAUCACAAUGCAUGCGUGGCUUCAAUUGCUGUGGUCAUGAAGAUGUUCGCCAUCCAAAAUCAUGGGGACAUACUGGGCCGUUUGAACAACUGGAUGGUGGAUCUUGAAAAAUGA